AGACAACUUUCCUUUAAAUUUUAAUGUAUUUGUGUUGUAAAUGUGUAAGAUUCAGAAUCCGUGCUUCUCGUGGGUCGUGAUCUAGGCCAACUGGAUGCUACCUAGUACCUGGGUGUACAAGCUCAAUAGACACGGACUAAAUGUGUAAAUUAUAAGAAAUGGAAAAUCGCAAGAAUAUAUUUGGAGGAGUCAAGUCGUUUCCCACGCUAGUCGUUUCACAGCCAACAAAGGCCCAGCGUGUGUCACAGGCUCUCUCAAAACUAUGCAGUAAUAAAGUUAAAGAAAAUGCAGAAGGAAUUAAAAAUAACAAUAAUGAUGGGUAUUAUUGCAAGAAAAAAUAUGAUGCUUUGCUAGAUAGAGCAUUAAAGGGAGUUAUACAAACUCUACCCAAAUCCAAAAGACUUAAGCGGAGCGAAAAGAAACCCAAGAAACAGGAUGAUACUCCAGAAAAACAUAUAGAAACUAUAUCCACACCAAUCGAACUAAAGGUAGUAACUAAAGAAGUGGUGUCCAAAGAAAAGAUUGUGGAAGCAGAACAGGCGGUUGCACAAGUUCAAACUCUGAUUGAUAACUGCGUUGAGCCGGAUGAAGUAUUUUAUGAGCCAGAGAUUAUAUACGAGUCACCAGUGCCACGAGAAGACAUAAUAUCUCCAAGCAGAUCAGAUAGACAAACCAGCAUCGAUUGUCAAAUAUGUGACAAGAUAAACGAAGCAGAAAAGAACGAACCGAACACAGAGCCAUGGAUUCUACUGGGUCACAGUGAAGAUGAACCAAAUAGUCAAAUAAUAGACGAAUAUCCGGUGGAUGAAAUAAAUAUUCCAGCUGUUGAAGUCGUUGAUAAUCUACCGGAAGAAAGGCAUGUUCAGAAUGAGAAUGCACCUGUUGAACCAUUGCAAACUCCAGAUGUUCCUAAAGAACCUGAAAAGAAACAAAAGAAGAGAUCGCACAAGAACAAAAAGAAAGUACCUCGAGUUAACCUAGACAACUUUGCGGAAUUCUAUGUAGUAAAUACAACCAAUGAUUGGUCAUUUUUUUAA